AGUGAUUUGGUCACAAAGGUUAAGAUGGGUAAGGAAGCGUAUACGGAUGCACCGGUUAUGAUAAGCGAGGCCGAAAUGAUGGAGCGUCAAAAGAAUUACACCAUCCGAGUGCACGAUAUUGCAGUCGCCUGUGCUACAUUCAGAAAGUGUCUCCAGCAGUUCAGACAGCUGCAGGAGGAGCGGACGAAUCAGGAGCGUUGGAAUCAGUACCUUCGGUGUGAUGGAUUGCCCAAGGUGCGAUCCCCAAUCGAGAUUCGCACUUUCCUGGCCAAAAUUCGUCACUUCGAAGAAAUCGAAGCGAACAACUCGAUUGACUGGACGAUGGGGGUGGACGAGCGCAGUAUUCUAACGCAAAAUAUUUACCAGAAGGACUUAACGCGACCAGUGUUGCAAAGGACCGCUGUUGAUGAUCCUGGCUCUUAUUUCGAGAGUAAUUUAAAGAAAUGCAUGGACGUACUGCAGCAGGUGGAUAUUCUGUUGGAUAAUGAGGUGGAAAUGGAGCGCAUGUAUAAAAGUGUGCAGACUGAUCUCAUGGAAGUCUACCGAGAUGUCCAGCUGGAGAUAGAAAGCCUCUUUGAUCGACUUACUUACCGCAUAUUGCGCAUGCAAAAGGCCUAUAUGAAAUCCGUUAAUGAAAUAGUGGCUAGGUGGAGCCACUCAUGUGAUCUAUGGCGCAUGGACCUCUGGGGUCUUUACAACGUUCCCAUAAUGUUUCAGCACUUGGAAGUACCACUAAUGAUGGUCGACUUCAAGGAAACGGCCGUCAAGGUCCAGGUGCCCCUCAGUGCUCUGUGGGAUUGUGUUACCAUCCGCUGUGUCCACACCAGUUUUGACCACCACUCGCCGCAAGCCAAAAGCUACGAGCCUUCGACGGUCAACAGCGCCUUCAUGCCCAAUGCUGGACUCACCGACAUGGAGGAAUCCGUGGUUGGUGAGUGGUUGAUGCAAACCGAUAUCCAGGAGGAGACUUUGAGCAACAUGAAUCGGCGGAGGGAGGAGUAUGAGGAGCUGAUGCAGCUCAUUGCCGAACGAACCGAGCAGGCUGCCAAGGAGGAGAAGUUUGGUAAGGGCGGCGAUGGUGACAAGCGUCCAAAGAUAGUUAUCCCCAAGGUACCGAAGACAGUGCCCAUUGUGCCCCCGGGAAUGUAUCCCGAGAUAUUCAACGAGUUCCUGUUUCGCGAAGAGGAUCAAUACAAGAAGUUCCUGAAGACCUAUUUCCAUCCAGAUAAUCUCAGUUUGACAUCUGAAGAGAUUAACCUCAGGGAGUGUAUAAUUGUUGGCGGAGUCUAUAACAUCUCGUUCGUGCGGCGACCUGAUCAAACGCAAUUUGAGAAGUUCAACAUAGUGCUGCACGAGAAGGGUCGCGUCUUGGAGAUCAUACCCCAAGUGGUGGCCAAAAAUGAUGCUCGAAAGUCCCGCGUUACCGAGUACACCAGAAUGACGCUGGGUAAUUCCCAAAUGAAACUGGAAGAUGAUGAGCUGCCGUUUUUUGUGGUCACCCUCCAGUUGCCACCAGAUCUAUGCAGGUGGGGCAAGCCCGAGGUGUGCCACUUUCUAAAGGAGCUCCAGACCCCAACACGGACUCCAGAUGGCGCCACUCUCGUAACCCUGAAUGUACUUUCGCCCAUACGUAUAUCAACUGAAUUAAGCAAAAGGGAGGGCAGCAGUGUGCGAUCGACAUUGCCCAAUCAGUUUUCACCACCUCUGAAAUCACUUCUAAAGCAGAGUAUUGUCUAUGGAAAUUUUCCGCCCAGGGGAGAAAUGAUAACGGAUUUUUACCUGGACAAGCCGUUAAAUGCGAUAGAAAUUAUCAAGCUGGAGAAAAUGUGUCUGCCUCGCAUAAUUUCCUCGUUUAAGUUCCCAAGCGAAUUUAUCGAAGACCAUAUAACAGCCGAAGCCCUAAAGGCAAAGCCAAACCGCCUGGUAAAAAGGCCUGAAACCGAAACGGCUGUAGAGGCUAAGACACCAGCGGAAAGCUACUUUGAUUAUGAAUCGCAGGAUCGCCCGGAGAGGACGUAUCCCAUUUUCAACAAGGCGGGAGUCAUUGACUUCUACUCUGCUGACUUUUUUCCAUACAUCCAUUCUGGGAAUACAGCCACGGCUAGUGGACUAGUGUCCACUUUGGAGACAAUCAAGGAAAAAUACUUGCAGAGGCCGCAGGAAAUUCUGGAUCAAAUUGAUGUCCAAAAAUCGAAGAAGUCCGAGAAAAGGGCGGAGAAGUCGGAGAACAAAAAUGUGGAUGGCAGAUCAAGUGCUUUUAGUUUUAGGGAUAGGUCGUCCUUUGCACAUGUAAAUGGUAAAAGGGGUGGCUUAGAAGCUAAAACCAAAAUAAAUACCUCAGAUAUAAUGAUUACCAUAAGUGAAUCAGAUUUGAAUCUUAAAAGUACUAAUUUGGAAAUUAAGACGGACAUGCCAAGGGCUUCGAAGAGCAGGCAUUGGAGGAGUGGUUCCAUGAUGAAACGGCGAUCAACCCGAAAGUCAUCCAGGUUUGACGAUACGGACAGGAUUCGUCUUCUGGAGACUGAACCUCCCAUAUGGCUGGAUCACUGGACGAAGGAGUACAUCAUGGACUCACAGAUAGAUCUGGAGAAAAACACACUUACUUUCAGAACGGAUCGGCUGGGUAUUUUCGGAUUGGCCUUCAAGCGGUACGAGCACUUCCCAUUCCGCGAUUGGUGUCUGCAGCCAAGUGAGGAUAAUCCAGAUGAAAUCAUGCUCAGUCUGGACACAUUCCACGUGCGAAUGUUCUUCUACAUCACAGCCCGGGGAGUGCGGGGCUAUGUGACUGAUCUGGUUAAAGGGUAUACUGCCAAGCCGGUCAAGUACUUGGACUUUGUCGAGCCCAUCUCGGACUUUCGCGAAUUGAGAAAGUUGCUCAUUGAAAAGAACCUGAACAUUUUUGCCGAAAACGAUGCCAGUUAUUACAUCAAAAAUGGCUACUUCUCCAUCAAGCACAUUGCCACGGAGCUGCACACCUACAAUACCAUGGCGCUGCAAUGCAAGCUGAUGAAAUUCUACCGCUCCAGCUGGAACCGCCUGGCCCAACGCCGGGACAUCAUCAUGGACAUGAAGAUAGCUAAGGACAACUCGGACUACUCGGAGGUUACAAUGCGCAUUACACCCGAGAAGACAACCUUUGUCAAGAUCUCCGAGAUGUGUUCGGAUGAUGUGAACGUGGUCAAGCUUCGUUACGAGGAUACUUGGCGGAACGUUAACAAUUAUAAUGACUUUGGGCAGGCCAUUUACUCGCUUAAUCCCCAUUCCCUAGAGGGUUCCAAUAAGGACGCGAUGCUUUUCGUCUAUAUUAAAAGGCUUCUGAAUGAGAUUCGUCCUUUGAGUUACUCCUAG